AUGGCGGGCGGACACGCUGAUCCGGCGUUUCUCGCCAAGCUCGCCCGGCGCAAGCAGAUGAACUUUGAGUCUAUGGCCAUCUUUGCAGGGGCCAUGGCUGGACUCUUUUGCCUCUUUGCGUUUCCUCAUCUUCUAAGACGGAUCGGAGCUGGACUCGGUGCUUCACGAAAGUCGAAUGCUGUUACUCGGUUUUUUAGAAAGAUCAGAGGUGCCUGUCUACAGGAGUUUCCUUGGGUACCUUCAGGGGCGCACCUGAUCCUCAUCACUGCUUACCUGGCUAUCAACGUUAUUGUCACUUUCACCAACAUCGACAACCAAAACAUGUCGCUCCUCUCUAACGUGGCAUCUCGAACUGGAUGGAUGGGUAUCGCCAACCUACUCAUUACCAUCUUCCUGUCUCUCAAAAACACUCCCCUGGCCAUCUUGACAGCUUCAUCCUAUGAGCGUCUCAACAUUCUCCAUCGUGUAGCUGGCUACACAACCCUUAUCUUUAUUAUUGUUCACUCAUGCGCCUAUGCUGCCAUGUUCGGCAUGCAGGGCCUUAUCAAGCGCCUCACUGAGCGGGACGAGAUCUUUGGAAUGGUUGCUACGGGCUCGUUCCUAGUUCUCUCCAUCACCGGCGCUGUUCUUCGUUCUUGGUGGUACGAACUUUUCUACUACAUUCAUGUGACUUUCUGGAUUGUCGCCAUCAUCACGACUGGUCUUCAUCAGCCCGAGCCGAGCAAGAAGGUCCUCUACGCUGCGGCUGUCGCUGGUGGGAUCUGGUUCUUGGAACGUAUUGUUCGUUUCAUUCGUAUUGUUAUCAACAGCACCAACAAUACCGUCACUCUUAUGCCUCUCCCCAAUGGCGGCACUCGAGUGACUCUUGCAAAGGCGCCCCUUAGGUCCGCCCCAGGCAAGCACGGCUUCCUCUGGAUCCCAGCCGCCCGCGCCGCCGAAACUCACCCCUUCACCAUCGUGGCCACAAACCCUCUCGAGUUCGUCGUCGCUGCACACGAUGGGUUUACCCAGACGCUGCACAAGUACGCUCUCCAGAGCCCGGGGAUCAAGCUCAAAGCGUCGGUCGAGGGUCCUUACGGCGCUUUUCCCGACGCGAGCAAGUAUGACAAGGUUGUCCUCGUGGCAGGGGGCAGCGGAGCGAGCUUCACUGUCGGCGCGGCGCUCAACAUGCUCGAGAAACUUGGUGAGGAAGACGUGAAGGAGGUUGAGUUUAUUUGGAUGAUUAAGAAUCAGACAUAUCUCACUUGGUUCUCUGACCACCUCGAGACUCUUCGAAGUGACCGUCGGAUCUCUGUCAAGGUCUACGUGACACGCGUCUCGGCAACCGAAAUUGACACCGAGAAGCCCCCCUCGACGUCCAACUCGUCGUCAAACUGCACUUUUGUAGAUUCAGAUCCUGAGAAGGAGGCUCUUCCACGACUCACGACCCCAAGGCUGUCGGCAGACAUUGAAAAGGAAGGCUUCUCGUCGCCUACCGAGUCCCCUGCCUCACCUAGCGCCGACUCCACCAUGGAAUUUCCUAGCGAAAUUCCUGUCAUGUAUGGUCGACCUGACGUCGCUUCUCUCAUCCAUGGUGCGGUUGACGGCGUCUCCUCGGACAAGCGUGUGUUGGUCAUGGGCUGUGGGCCUCGAUCACUCAUUUCCACGGUCCGCAACGUGACGGCCGAAUGUAUCACGUCUGAUGGACCAAGCGUGGAACUGCAUUGUGAGCAGUUUGGCUGGUAG